AUGUUGUCUUUCUUAUACAUGUAUAUGUUUUGGAUGCGCCGCAAUCCUCUCAAUUUACAAAAGCUACGGGAGCUGAGCGCUUCGGUUCUCACCUAUGUCAAGAGCUAUAAUCUGGAUGAGAUGUGCGCAGAUUCAAGCUCCUUGGCGCCUGAUGCUCUGCUGCUAUCCCGAAUCCUCACCUACCUCUACGACAGAGACGGAUUCUGUGGCUUUUUUGGCUGUGGAGGUUCUUUUGCUAGCUAUGUCAGUGAGAAUCUCGAGAAACGGCACAGGAUCUGGCAAUUAUCGAGGUCAAUAUUCACAUGGUCUGAUGAGCAAACCAUUGCCCUGCGCAUGCCUGGCAUCCAAGGGCCCCCUAAGUCCUACAUUCUGAACGUCUAUUUUGAGUUAAUUGCUAUACAUCAUGACAUCAACUGUUACAGUCAGGCCCCUGAGGUCCAGGCACUUGAGGCAAUGAGAAAGAUCAAACGAAGUCUCGCCCAGAUUCAAGAAGUAAGUCUCGAUCUGCUACACGCAUUGCUCCUCUCUAAUACAUCACAGCAACAUAAAUUUCUUCGGCAUCUUAUUACCAGUUGUAGAAGAGAAAGGUCUUCGCCCCCUCUUAUGGCGCUGGUGACCGUCACAUUCUUCCAUGCCAUCCAAAUAUACUUCUAUCGCAGUCGUGACGCACAUUUUGGCCAGCUUCCUGUCACAAAUGAGUUCCAGUACAUCUUAUGCGAACUUAUUGCUGCCGCAUACUACACUGUUGCGACAGGGCCAGUACAGCUCCUUGAGCGGUUCCAAUGGUCUCUUCUAAUAGCCGGAAUUGAGACUUACGAUCCAAUUCAUCUUAAAUGGAUUUUGGAGACGAUUUCGGAUCCUGUUCUGAGUAACUUACUUUCAUUGGUGAAAGAGAACCAAAAGUUACACAGCAUCUCCAUGGAGAAAUUGCGAUACAUCAUCGACGCAGUGUCUCAUGAGGAUCUUGGAAGCAACGUCGAAAUUCCUGUUAUUUAG